AUGGAUUCCCGUCAUCAGCAAUCCGAGGAACGAACUCCUUCCGAACGCGGCCGCUUAAUCGAGAAUAUACUUACAGUGUUCAAAACAUCUACUAGGGGACUAACAGAAAACCUCACAAAACACCGAUAUGAAGAACUAAAGAGCUCUCUCGAGGCUGUGCCCCUCUGGGCAAUUCCUCUUAUCAUCGCACGGUUUCCCCAUACACCAAUGAGAAGCAUGGUAGGUGUGCUCUAA